AUGAGCGCAGCGUUCCCGCCGUCGCUGAUGAUGAUGCAGCGCCCGCUGGGGAGUAGUACCGCCUUUAGCAUAGACUCGCUGAUCGGCAGCCCGCCUCAGCCCAGCCCCGGCCAUUUCGUCUACACCGGCUACCCCAUGUUCAUGCCCUACCGGCCGGUGGUGCUACCGCCGCCUCCGCCGCCGCCUCCCGCGCUGCCCCAGGCGGCGCUGCAGCCGGCGCUGCCACCCGCGCACCCUCACCACCAGAUCCCCAGCCUGCCCACCGGCUUCUGCUCCAGCCUGGCGCAGGGCAUGGCACUCACCUCCACGCUCAUGGCCACGUUGCCCGGUGGCUUCUCUGCGUCGCCCCAGCACCAAGAGGCGGCGGCCGCCCGCAAGUUCGCUCCGCAGCCAGUGCCUGGAGGCGGCAACUUCGACAAAGCCGAGGCGCUUCAAGCCGAUGCGGAGGACGGCAAAGCCUUUCUGGCCAAGGAGGGCUCGCUGCUUGCUUUCUCUGCGGCCGAAGCGGUGCAGGCGUCGCUCGUCGGGGCUGUCCGAGGGCAAGGGAAAGACGAGUCAAAGGUGGAAGACGACCCGAAGGGCAAGGAGGAGAGCUUCUCUCUGGAGAGCGAUGUGGACUACAGCUCAGAUGACAAUUUGCCUGGCCAGACAGCUCAUAAGGAGGAAGAUCCCGGGCACGCACUGGAGGAGACCCCGCAGAGCGGCGGUGCAGCAGGCAGUACCACAUCCACCGGCAAGAACCGGCGGCGGCGGACUGCCUUCACCAGCGAACAGCUGCUGGAGCUGGAGAAAGAAUUCCACUGCAAAAAGUACCUCUCCCUGACCGAGCGCUCCCAGAUCGCCCACGCCCUCAAACUCAGCGAGGUGCAGGUAAAAAUCUGGUUCCAGAACCGCCGGGCCAAGUGGAAACGCGUCAAGGCAGGCAACGCCAAUUCCAAGACCGGGGAGCCCUCCCGGAACCCCAAGAUCGUCGUCCCCAUCCCUGUCCACGUCAGCAGAUUCGCUAUUCGAAGUCAGCACCAGCAGCUGGAGCAGGCCCGACCCUGAGGGCCUAGCCAGGGUGGACACCGUCGUGGAGAGGCCCUAACACCCAAGGGAACCGGUGGCAGACUCCACUGUUCAAAGCAGAACUCAAAGGCACCUCCCAGAUGUGGACAUCCCAAGCAAAUUGAGAAUAUAUUCACUAGAUGGGCUUAAAGGGGGCUACAGCCACACCAGAAGAUACACUAAAUAUUUAU